GGACUGGAGGUAGAGGGAGCAGUGGGAGUUCGGAGACAGAACAGGUGACAGGUAAAGGGCACAUAACAGGACAGGUGACGGAGAAAGAGGGGACAACAGGAGGACGUGCAGAAGAAGAAACAGAGACUAAGAGUAUAGGUGCAGGACAGGUGACAGAGGAUAGCAGGUGGACAGGUACUAAAUAGGUGACAGGGACAGGAGUUAGAUUUGUUGGCAAAAGAUCAAGUAUAAAACAGAAAUUAGAAAUAUAGGAGAGCAGGAGAAAAGCAGAGAAUUCACAGGGGAGGGAAGGUGCAGGGAAAUAGCCAGGAAGAUGCAGAAGUGAGAGAGACCGUGAUAGGGAAACGAUACCAGAAGGUGAGUAGCCGAAAAGAAGAUAGUAGACAGAUAGCAGGAAAGGGAGUAGAGAAAAGGUGCGAGAAAUCGAAGAGCGAAAGAUAUAAGGAGAGUUUAGAAAAAACAGCUGAUGGGAAACUACAAGAAGUCGAGAUGAAUCAGAGUUAACGAGGCAGCAGAAGAAGAGCGAAUCAUCAAAGAAAAGGAGAGUGAAAUUUCAGAAGUACGGACCAGUAGGUGUCUCCAUGGUGUGUGCGGCAUGGUGAAUCUGGCAGGGGAAUUGCAUCAGCGCAAGAACCUCAGGUAGCAACAAUCAGUAAGCUAAAGAAGACCAGUUUGCUGCCAUGAUUCUUCAGAAAGGCUCAGACAACAAGGACAAGUGAUUUUGAUUCUUCAGAUGAAGAAUUUGAAGAAGAGCACCAAAUGCCUCUCCAAGUAUCUUGGUUGGGAUUAGCUGUGGUGAACUGCCAUCAGUUGCUUGGAAUCUGUGCACUGCCAGGUUGUAAAUUUAAAGACAUAAGAAGAAACCUUCAGAAAGAUUUAGAGGACCUCAAGAGCUACAAUAUACAAAAUGUAUUUGUGCUCUGCACCAAAGGAGAGAUGGUCAAGUACAGGGUUCCAAGCUUGUUAGAAUCAUACCAACAGAAGGGAUUCACGGUGUAUCACUAUCCUUUUCCUGAUGGAAGUGUUCCAGAUAUUGCUAGCUGUUGGAAAAUUCUGGAAGAGUUGAGAAUCUGCUUGGAAAAUGGCAAGAAGACCCUCAUCCAAUGUUAUGGAGGUCUUGGGUGCUCGUGUCUAAUUGCAGCAUGUCUCCUACUUCAACUGUCUGACACCAUGCUGCCAGAAGAAGCAAUUGACCUUCUUCGUGAGCUAAGAGGAGCUGGAGCAAUUCAAACUGUAAAGCAAUACAACUACUUACAUGAUUUUCGGGAUAAUGUGGCAACGUACUUGGCAACAAAGGAAGACUCAGCAUGUCGAUCAGUGUCAAGAUAAAAUGCAGAAAGUUCAGGCUGUAUAUUUCUAAUCAUUUGUAAAUUAAUUGUAAAUACUAAAUCCAAAUAAGUUUAAAAACAGAAGUGAUGUUCAAACAUAAUCAAUACUUAAGACUUCAAAUUAUUGUACACUGAAAUUAUCCAAAUACAUUAAGGAAUAACUUCUAUAGUCAGCAACCAAAUGCUUUGAAUUCAGUUCCACUGGGAGUGUUAUUCCCUGCCCAUUUCAUGAGUUGACUGAUGUGACUCAAGUUGCUGCUUAUACAUUACUAAUAAAUUAGUUUACAAGGAAGGAAUGAAAAGAAAAAAAAAUGCUGAGAUUGGACACUUCUAGUGUUGAAAUUCAAUGUAUAGGUAGCUUUACUCUAUUUUCUACCUUAGUGUAUUUGCUCCUGAUAAUGUGCAUUCUUCUUUGGCCCCCUAUUAGCAAUUAGUCCCUAGGUACAAUGUACAACUUCUCAACAUUGUCAGUGCUUUGCCUAGGACCUUCCAAAAAUUAAUAGGCAAACUGGGCACUUGAAAUGGAAUACUUAAGUACCAUACUGAAGGAGUGGUGGUGCCAUUUUUCUAUGAACAAUCAUGGAUUUUAAGACACUACUUGAAAUCCAAUAAGGGAAUUCUCCUGCUACCAAAUAUUUAUCGAUCAACCAGACAAUCUAUUUUAGUGAUAUUGGCUAUGUAAUUGCUACAAUAGUCAUUUUAUUUUAACUAUUUCAUUAGCUAAUAGGUACCUUAUGCAUUUCAUGGGGAGUGACCACAGGCUGAAAGUAAGAUAAUCUGGCUCAUUUAUCUUAAUGCACCCGUUCCAACAUUCAGCAUAUUGCAGUUUGCUUACACAUAUUCCCUCCAUCAGUAUGAGCCAUCUCAGAAUUGUGUAGCACAGGGGCCCGUUUGUUCUACUUUCCCUGCAUCAGUUCUUAGGACCAUCCAAUCCCAUCUUCCCUUCAGUUGUUUAACUAAUUCCCUGUAGCAAGUUAUUAUCAACUCCACUUCCACCACCAUUUCAGGUAUUGCAUUCCAAUUUACAACUUGCAGCAUAGAAAAUGUUUUAUUCUUCUAUCCAAUGAUUCCCCACCCCAAUGACACCAAAUCCAUGUCCUUCAGUUACUUGCUGUCUUGCUAGCAGAAGCAGAUUUUCUUCCACAACUACUCAAUUUCAAACAUCUCUUAAAUCUCCCAUUAAUUUGCUCAGCUCCCAGUAAUUUCCUCGGCACACUAAGAUCUUGGCGUCCCUUCUAAAGAUUGAAGUCCCAGAUUAGGCAAUACUCCACAUGAACCUAACCAGUGAUUUGUAAAGGUUUAGUCUAAGUACCACCAGAUGCACUCCAGCAUCUCACCAAGUCUUCUUCAGCAGCACUUCCCAAAUCUGUGAUUUACACAAUCAAGAAAGAUAGGCUACAAUUACCAUGGGGACACAACUACCUCCAAGUUGCACAUAAUCCUUGCUUGGACAAGAGAAAUGAAAAUAUUAACAAAUUCAAGUAAUGCAACCCACAGCCACAUUAUGGAAGCAAAUCUUAAUUGUUUUGAAACAAUAACAAAAGUUACUGACAAAACUUGAGGACACAGACUAUUUUGAUUUGUCAAUUUGAUCCCAUGCUCACUGACAGGGCUGCAUACUGGAACAGUAAAGAAUUUGCAUCUGCAUCGUGCCUCUCUGCCCAGCUGAAACAUUUAACAAAGUAGCAAAAACGUGAUCAGUAUUUUACCUUAGAACCUGAAGCCAUCAAUUUACCCAGCAUGAUCCCAUAAUCAGGAAUGAUAACCAGAUCACCCAUUCUAAACAGAAGUUGAUGAAUAUGUCUAAACAUAGUCUACAGAACAAAAGUAAUUUAAUAUGACAGAGUGUCAGCACUGAAGAAAAAAAUCUCUGCCGGAAGCUCUCCUCCAGCAUGAAUGAUACAAUAUUUAUGAAAAGUUUACUGCAAUAAAGUUGCUGGAAUGAUAUAUCCAAAUAUACAGUAGCAUAAUUGGGAUGUCUGUCAGAACCUACUUAAGCAAUUGAAAUGCUGACGCAUGGUAAUGCUUUCAAAGUACUAAUGAAUUUUCCUAAAUAUUUUUGAUCUAUUGAUGGUUAGUGCAAAUGGAAAGGGCUGUGUUUAUUCUCUUGUGGCAUAUUAUUUGCCAAUAUAUUCAAAAGACUCAUCAUACUUGCUACAAGAUCACUUGCAUUAUGACAAAAUUGUGAAUUUUUUUUUAAAACAAAGUUCACAACUAAGAAAAUGGGCAACCUUAGAAACAAACAAAUCGUUCAAAGGGUUGUGAAUUCUGGAUGUUUUGAAGAGAACACUCCAGUAUAAAAAUUUUAAUCCAUUACUAUCCAAUCCUGCUCAUACAAAAUAUACUGUGCUUUGACUAAUUGAUGAACAGUCUUCAAUCAAUCAGUUUCUCCAUCUCCAUGUAUCUUUCAUGUCAUUAAAGUUUAAGGAUGGUCUAA